AUGGUCGCAGACGCACUAGUCUAUCACCCUGCGGUGGCCCAUUAUCUCCGGUUUGUCGCGACGACAGUCGGCCGCGAUAAGGUCCUCCGUACCAUCCAAUACUUUGCAAGAUUCUACUCUUGGUAUCUCUAUCGAACCAACAACCCAACCAGCGCCAUUCAACCGUGGACCACCAUCAAGACCCAAUUCGGCCUCACGAGAAAGAUCCUACGGGUGGGCAAAUUCGUCGAACAUAUUCGCUUGGGCUCCGAGCUGUACGACGCAGCCGCCAAGAAUGGCAAUGGCGACAAAGUUACGCAAUAUCUUCAAGUCCUGAGACAGAUUGGUUAUGCUGGUUAUCUGUUAUUCGACACAAUGACUGUGCUAGAUGCCAUGGGUGUGAAGAAAGAUCCUCGCGCGAAGAACCUGCAAGCUACGGCGUACAAAUUCUGGUUCACCGGCCUGACAGCCAGUGCCAUCGCAGGAAUCUACAACAAGUACAAGCUCAGGCAGCGAUCCAAGGCUGUGAAUGAGAAGGACGCCGAGGCCAAGGUGGAGAGCUUGAGUCUUGCAAGGCAACAACAGAUUGUGAACAUCCAAUUGGUUUCGGAUCUUUGUGACCUCACAGUUCCAAGCACGGCUCUGGGAUAUGCCAGCUUUGACGAGGGCAUCAUUGGUCUUGCAGGGACGACCAGCAGUUUGCUUGGCGGCUGGGCAGCAUGGCAGAAGACUGCAUGA